AGCUGAUCGCUAGGGGAUUCCAGUGCUGUGCUUUUCGUUUCGGUGUAAUUUGCUCUUACCUUAAUUUGGGUGUUGUCGCCUACAUCAACAUACAGUUCCUGUACGAACUAGAACCUUCAGAGGGCUCCACAUGUAUAUCAAACGGCUCGAAAUCGACGGGUUCAAGUCGUAUUCAAAACUUCAAGUAAUUGAUGGUUUCGACACGCAGUUCAAUGCCAUUACUGGUUUGAAUGGGACCGGAAAGUCAAACAUCUUGGAUUCCAUUUGCUUUGUAUUGGGAAUAACGAAUUUGACGCACAUCCGAGCAGGACAGCUCCAUGAUCUCGUGUACAAGCAAGGACAAGCUGGCAUUAACAAAGCAACGGUCACAAUCACAUUCGAUAACCGUGACAAGAAACACGGUCCGAUUGGGUAUCACCACUGCGACGAGAUCACCAUAAAACGACAGAUCAUAGUUAACGGACGUAACACUUACACCAUUAAUGGUAGCACAGCUACAAAUUCUAAGGUCUCUGACUUCUUUCGAAGUGUUGGCCUUAACGUUAACAAUCCUCACUUCCUCAUUAUGCAAGGCCGCAUCACAAAAGUGCUGAACAUGAAGCCUCAUGAGAUUCUCGGCAUGAUAGAGGAAGCUGCUGGAACCAAACUUUACGAAGCUAAAAGGAUCCUAACAAUCAACACUAUUAACAAGAAGCAGACAAAAGUUGACGAGAUUGAGAAGCUAAUCGCUGAGGAUAUACUUCCACAGCUCCAGCAGUUGCAAAGAGAUAAACAGAACUUCUUGGAGUAUAAUAACUGCGAUCGGGAAAUUGAACGUCAAGAACGAAAACUAACCGCAUACACUUACUAUGCUUCCUUGCUAAACGCUGAAGAGUUUGAAAAGCAAGCCGAAGCGAAAAAAGACGAAAUUGGAAGCCUUAGCAAUGAAAUUCGAGAGGUUGAGGAGAUUCGAGAUCAACAGCGGGCUGAUCUUACAAGUGCCGAAGACGCCAAGAGACUGCGACAUUUGGAAGCCUUUUCGAAACUUGAGGAAGGCGUAGCUGAAGAACUUGUCAAGCUUGAAGCAUGCGACGAAGAGAAGAGGGAAUGCAAAGAGUCCUUUGGUGAAACACUCACCGAAUACGAAGAGAAAAGAAAGUCAUUAGAUGCUGAAAUCAAAGAGAUGAAGAAGAAAGAAGCUGCUCUUAUUAAGUGGGAGAAUGAGAUAGGUUCAAAAGAAAAAGCGUUCAAGGAUGCGGAAGAGUUGGCUGCGAAAGCCAGAGAAAAGCUCAAUGCAGUAGCUCAAGGUAUGACCACGGACGAUAGCGGUAAUGCUAUAAGUGUGGAAGAACAGAUAACAGGUUAUCGCUCUAAACUCAAGGAAAUUGCUGCUGAAGUCUCUACCGCGGAGGAAAAGAAGAAACGAAUUCUGCCGGAGUUGAAAAAGAAGAAAGCAGAGUAUGAACAAAUGGCGAAAAAGAAUAGCGUCGAAUCAACAGAAUUGAAAGCAAGAGAAGUGGAAGUGAAGAACUAUCGGCAAGAGCUGGCGUCGAUUAGCUACAAUGAGGAACUGGAUACGAAAAAUCGAGAUACUCUAGCCACAUAUCAGCAGGAGGUUCAACAGAUGCAAAUAAAGCUGAAUAUAUUGCAUCAAAAAAAUCCUCGCAUACAUUUCACCUACAAGGAUCCAUUUGUUGGUUUCAAUCGUGAUGAUGUACGAGGAUGCAUUGCGACUCUAUUUCGUAUAAAAGAUCCGAAGUAUGCGCUGGCUUUGGAAAUCGCUGCUGGAUCAUUUCUCUAUCAUGUGGUCGUGAAGGACAAGCAUACCGCACGUCUUAUCGUCGAAACGGGACUACCUCAUCGACGUACAUUCGUGCCAUGGACAGAAGUUGUACCUCGUCACUAUCAUGAUAUCGCACAACGUUUCCGUCGUGCACAAGAGCUGGCAAAGAAGUUCAAAGGAGAGAAUAUGAUGUUGGCAUUGGAUCUGAUCGAAUACGACCCAUUGUAUCAGAAAGUUUUCGAGCUCGUCUUUGGUGGAAUUUUGAUUUGUGAUACGAUCCACUGUGCAAAAGAAGUGGUAUAUGAUAGCCAGGUGAAGCUUAGGGCUGUCACGGCAAGAGGAGAUGAUUUGAAGCCAACUGGAACAAUGAGUGGAGGAGCUCCUGACCGACGAGGACCAAUUCUUUUGGAUUUAAUCGAUUAUCCGACUUUUAAAACGGAAAUCGCAUGGAAACAGGCUGAAAUGGAAAAACUAGGAAAAGAAGUAGCGAAAUAUGAUAAAGUUCGGGGACGCUACUCAGAACUCAAGGACAAACUCGAGCGUGCUUCGGCUCGUUUGGAAGCUUUGAAAGAAUCUUUCAAAGAUGGACCUUUGCAGCAGCUAAGCGAAGAGAUUAAAGUGCUUGAGAAGGAUCUUCCGGAAUGUGACGCACUUUUGAAAGAAAUGACCAAACAAGCGAAAGAAUUGAAUGAUCGCAUAAAUGCUUAUGAAGAACGCAAAAGGAAUGAACAAGCAUUCAUCGAAAAGGCCAAAAAGACAGCGCAAAAAGAGUCGGAUGCAGCUGAGAAGCGUCUUGAGUUGGCAAAGCGAGAUUUCGAGAAACUCAGCGAUUCACUAACGAGCACUCGUGGAACGCUUACGACGAUGAAAGAGCAAAUUGCCAAGGAAGAAGAGGCAUUGAAGAAUUCGCAAAAACGAGUUGAAGAGUUCAACGAAAUGAUUGCGGCAAUUGAAGAGCGACGAAAGAUUGCUGAGGAAGGACACAAAGCAGCUGUCGCAGCUCUCAAGAAAUUCGAAAAGGAGUUGAAGGAAUAUGAUAAAGACAUUAAGAUGCAUCAAAACAAAGUUGACGCUACAGAUAAGAAACUUGUGGCACUGAAGUCAAAGAGGGAAGCUAUGGAAAUGGAUAUCCAAAAGUACAAAGACGAAGCUGUCGCCUAUAAGAAGUUGGCCCAUCAAAAGGUGAAAUCCCAUCCAUGGAUAAACGAUGAAAAAUCUCAUUUUGGCAAGAAAAAUACCGAGUAUGAUUUCACAGAAUAUACUCAAGAAAAGGCAAGUAAAGAUAUCGCAGACAUGAAAGCUCGUAAAAAUGAACUUGGAAAGAAUUUGAACACAAGAGCGAUGAAUGUGCUUUCACAAGUGGAAGAGCAGGUUAUGGGCCUACAACAAAAGAAAAAUCAAAUAGCUGUCGAUCGUCAGAAGCUGCUAGACACUAUAGCUCUACUUGAUAAGAAGAAAACUCGGGAGAUACACAAAGCGCACGAACAAGUGAACAGGGAUUUCGGGAAUAUCUUCUCUACUCUGCUACCCGGCGCCACUGCUAAAGUCGAACCUCCUCCUGGGAAGACUGUGGAGGACGGAUUAGAAGUAAAAGUAGCAUUCAAUGGGAAAUGGAAGGAUUCGUUGCAAGAGUUAUCUGGAGGUCAACGAUCGCUUGUAGCUUUAUCGUUGGUGUUGGCCAUGCUGAAGUUUCGCCCUGCUCCAAUCUAUAUCCUGGAUGAAGUUGACGCAGCUUUAGAUCUGUCCCAUACGCAAAAUAUCGGACACAUGAUCAAGAAGCAUUUUACUACCAGCCAGUUCAUCAUCGUCUCUCUUAAAGAAGGCAUGUUCAACCAUGCAAAUGUGCUUUAUCGAACCAAAUUCUGCGAUGGAACAUCUCAAGUCACCCGUACUGUGAAUAAAUCCUCAAACUGAUUGGAUAUCAAUCUGUUGAAAAAGUUAGAGUACAACUAAUAAUCCACACUCAUCUUUUUCUUACGUUUUCAAUAAUCUAUAAUCUUCUCGAGUUUUUUCUUUCUUUAGUAGAUGAUCUCAUUCAGUCUUCCGUUACGUGUAUGUGCUGUUUUUAUUGCAUUGCUGUAUUCAG